GCCCAGGCCCCAUGCACUCGUCGAAAACAUAUCCAUUUCUGCCUGUGGGCUAAGCCCAUGACCCGGCCACGCACUCCUCAGAUUCCCUCCCCCUUCUCUUCCGCAGCCGGCGAUGGCCGCCUCCCGCCGCCUGGCGCGGAAGCUCCCCUCCAUCAUCUCCAAACACCAGCGCCUCAUCUCGCCGGAGAUCGAAAUCCUAGAGGAGACCCCCGAAAUCUCCACCUCGCCCGCCUCCAUCCCCCUCGACCCCUCCCUGCCGCUCCUCCCGCUCGCCGUCUCCCACCUCUCGCCGCCGAGCCCCCUCCCGGCUCUCCCCGCCGCGCACGCCUCCUCCCCCGCGGCGCUCCUCCGCCUCCUGCGCCGCGCGCGGCACCACCCGCGCCUCGCGCCGCUCGACCUCCACCUCCUCCUCGCGGCCGCCGACGCCUCCUCGGCCUUCCGCCCCGACCACCGCCUCACCAGCCUCCUCGCCGCGCGCCUCGCGGCCUCCCGCCGCCUCCCCUCGCUGCGGCGCCUCCUCCAGCUCGUCCUCUCCCGGCCCUGCCCCUGCGCCGACGACUCCAUCUUCGCCUGCCCCGACCUCCUCCCCACCUUCCGCAAGGCCAUCCUCGCCUUCGCCUCCUCCGGCGACAUCCCCGCGGCGUCCGAAGCCCUCGCGUCCCUCCGCCGCGCCGCGGACUCGCCCCUCCCCGCCGAGUUUUACAACAUCAUCCUCCACGCCCUGGCCCGUCUCCACC